AAUAGUUACUUGCCUGUGCUGGGUCCUGCUUCUUUCCUCCCCCCAAAAACCCCUAUACUCGGUCUCUCUGCUCACGGCAUCCUAUUGUGUGCCUCUUGUACCGUUUCCCCGAGUCUAAGACAAUUGAAGCGUCGUGCAACAUCCAGAGCCGGUUCGUCACAAUGGCAGCGGCCGACACAGUGGAUUUCGUCAGCCUCGACCGAUGCCCAGCCUAUGCCUCCUUCUUCGGGGCUCUGGGAUGCGCCUGCUCCAUCAUAUUCACCGUCAUUGGCGCUAGCUAUGGCACGGCCAAGUCCUCUGGCGCCAUCUUCUCCUCGGGCAUCAUCCGCCCUGACAGGUUGAUGCAGAACACCCUCUGCGCCAUCAUGGCCCAGAUCAUCUCCAUCUACGGCCUGGUCGCCGCCGUCAUCAUCUCCAACAACCUGGCCGAAAAGAUGGCCCUACACACCGGCUUCCUCCAGCUCGGCGCCGGCCUGGCUGUCGGUCUGUGCGGGCUCGCCGCCGGGUUCGCCAUCGGCAUCAUUGGCGACGCUGGUGUCCGCGCCAGCACGCAACAGCCCCGUUUGUACGUCGGCAUGGUGCUCAUCCUCAUAUUCGCCGAGGUCUUGGGCCUGUACGGCGUUAUCGUGUCCAUCCUGAUGCUGACCAAGUCGACGCUGGGAGUCACCGUGUGCCCUUAUUAGGGUUAUAUAUGUAUGCACAAGCAGUUGCACAU